CAGGGUGAGUUCCCUCCCUCUCCUUCAAGUAGCAGCUACAGGAAAGAAGGAUAUAUUUGGUGAAAUGAGCAGCCCGGAGAGCAACUGCCAAUUUGCAGCUGGGGAGAGACAGAGUGAGAGAGAAAUUGAGACAGGACUGGGACACAGAAAGAAGGAAUAAACCAUCAUUCUGAACAAUCAGAAUCACAGGGAGAAAUUUCUACAGGACUUUUCCCCCACAAUUUUUACCUAUUUUUGAGCCUUUUUUUUUAACCCAGUGAGCCAAGAGCAGAUAUUUAGACUUCUGCAUGUUAUCAUGAUUUAUCUGUGAAAGGACACAACUUUUAUUUUUAAGAAUUAAUGCUCAGCAGAAGUGUGAGGCGGCUGCCAACGAGUAGUGUUUUGUGGAGACACUUCAUCAGAUUCUGAAUUUUAUCCUAAAGGUUGCAUCAAGUCAAGCAGAAGACAUCAGGUUGUCGGCUUACAGUAACAGAGGAGAAUGACUACUGAUCAUCAGAGUUUCCGUUUCCUAUUGUCCACCUAAUGGGUCCACUCAUUGAUCAUCAUUACCAAGGAAGGUCUAAACCGAUGGGGCUUUUUGCUGGCAGAUGUGGGCUCAGAUGUCACCCUGAUCCCUUUAAUGUUACAGACUUCAUAGUUGAGUGAUUUUUAAUUAUACUGUUUGGACUUUUGAAGAAAUUGAUGGGAGAACAUUUGCUUUCACCUUCUCACCUACUUGUCAUGUGUAAAAAGUCCUGGCGGAGUUAAGUAGAUUGAUGCUUUAUCUUGACCCUUUUUGUCUUGGCAAGUGCUUAUCUACACUGAAGGAUCACUUUCCACUUGUUUUAUUCCUCUCAGCAUCUUCUUGAAGGUACUUGGAGCUUUCCACAGUUUAACUUUGUAAACUCUGAAGGAUAUAUUCACCAGGCAUAAUGAGGUGUUGGGUAUGGCUCCUGGUGGCCACACUACUGUGCCAGCAACUUGCAAUUUUCCCGGUCCUGGCAGCUAAAAAAGAACGUAAAAGGGGAAAAGAUCUACAUCAGUUCAUUGAUCCUUUUAAUGUUACACUGUCCAACAGUGAGGAGGUACAUGAACUUGACAAGCUUCCUGAUUCUCCUGGUCCUGAAAAGCCAGAUCCUGCAACAACUUGGGUUACAUUCAGAGACCGAAUUGAUGAUGGUGUAUACCCAAAAAAGAAAUGUAAAUCUAAUAAGAAUUCUAGACUAUCGGGGCCACAAGGCCCACCAGGGCCACAAGGACCUCCUGGACCUCCAGGAAUGCCAGGAGCUGAGGUCACACAUGAAGUUUUAUUGCAGGAGUUCAAACAGAUGCUCAGAGAAGCCACAGAGCGUCGAUCAACAUCUGGAGAUAGUGCUGAUCACUCCAGUGAACCUCCACCCCCAAUGCUCCCAAUUAAGGACCUCUAUCCAUACAGGCGAAUAGAUGAAGCUUUUCAUUGCCGACUGAAGGGUUCGAUAAUGGUGGACAAAAGGACAUUGGCAGAACUUCAAAAUUUUCAGCUGCCAGCGGCUAAAGGCGCCUUCCUGCGUGGUUCUGGAAUGAACCUGCCGACGGGUCGGUUUACAGCUACUAUUCCUGGAAUUUACCAGUUUUCUGCUCAUGUUCAUAUAGAUCACAGUGAGAUGAAGAACAAAGGACAGUUACGUCCACGGGACAGUAUCCGCGUCCUGAUAUGUAUUGAGUCCCUCUGUCACGGAUAUACGUCCCUAGAAGUCAUUGCUGGAUUGGAAAGUAACAGCAGAAUAUUCACUGUACAUGUCCAGGGAUUGCUGCAGUUACAGAGUGGGCAAUAUACGUCUAUAUUUAUCGACAAUGGUGCAGGGGCACCAAUCACCGUCCAAAAUGGCUCAGAUUUUAUGGGCAUUUUCAUGGGGCUGUAGAUAAGAUCCAAGGAGAGGCAUCCAACUCCAGAUCAUCCUUAACCCUCCGAUGUACACAUUCACUCUGCAAUGGAAGAAGCUUUCACAAUAGCUGUUACCUGGGACCAUCUCUUGUGUUACUGCUUAGUAACUGCUGCAAUGCAAGAAGGAAACUUACUGACCCCCCCCACUGCUUGGUACAUCUCCUUCUGAGCCUUACAUUGCCAUAGAGGCCAGCCAUAUAGCUCUGUAAUGCAACAUAUAGUAGGCCCCCGCUGUCAGGGGAAGGGUUAAUAUUUACAUGUCGGACUAUGUAAAAACUAGUAACAUUUAGGAGUCCUUUUCGUCAUUGUUUGUUGGUGUUCGGUACAUGUUAUAAGAAGACGGGGGCAUGAAGAAACAUACAGGAGGAAUGUCUAGAAUGGACUAAGUCAAUGGACACUAUGCAAAGAUAUUGAUGGCUGAUUUAAAAGGGAUCCACAGGAGGGUGCUGCUGAUGUGCAAUGUUGCGGGACUGGCGGCAUUCUUUGCGUCACAUGACAUAAUCGGAUAAGGACUUGUCUCCAAUCAUAAGCAAUGACACUUGUAUUGAUUUCUACAUUAUAAAAUAUUGCUUAAAUGCCUGUAAUUUAAUAAAGAAAACAGUCACAUUA